UUCUGUUGCGGGACAGGGAGUUGCUUAAAAUGUAAAAUUACUCUAUUUGGACUAGCGCCGUUUGGUGCAGCACGCAGAGUUGGGUUUGGCUUUGUGCUGCGUCGCCGCUUCGCCUUUUCUUCGUCCUCCUUUCCUUCUUCCUGUCCUCUUUUCUCCCCAUCCUCCCUCUUCCUCUCUGCCCCAUCCCUCUCUCUUUCUCUCUCUCUCUCCCAUCUUCUUCUGCAGUAAUGGACAAGGAAAAGAACGACUACGCCGUCGAGCUCCCCGACUCCGCCCCUGGCUCGCGGGGAUCCAAGCCCAAGGCCGUCGUCGCCGUCGUCAACUCCCCUCUCAUCUCCAUCUUCUCCUACUGCGGUGCUUCAAUUCUCAUGACCACCACAAACAAGUACGUCCUUUCGGGAUACUCGUUCAACCUCAACUUCUUCCUUCUCAUGGUCCAGUCGCUUGUCUGCGUUGCUGCCAUCCAGAUUUGCAAGUCCAUGGGCUUCAUCUCCUACCGCGACUUCAACAUGGCUGAGGCCAAGAAGUGGUUUCCCAUCUCGACCCUUCUUGUUGUCAUGAUCUAUACCUCCUCCAAGGCCCUCCAGUACCUCUCCAUCCCCGUCUACACCAUCUUCAAGAACCUUACCAUCAUCCUCAUCGCCUAUGGUGAGGUCCUCUGGUUCGGUGGCUCCGUCUCCGGUCUUGCCCUCUUCUCCUUCGGCCUCAUGGUCCUUUCCUCCAUCGUUGCCGCCUGGGCUGACAUCCGUGGUGCCAUCAUGGCCUACGGCUCCGAGCAGGGUGCUGCCUCCAGCAUCGCUACCCUCAACGCCGGUUACCUGUGGAUGUUCAUGAACUGCUUGUCUUCCGCCACCUACGUCCUCGGCAUGCGCAAGCGCAUCAAACUCACCAACUUCAAGGACUUUGACACCAUGUUCUACAACAACUUGCUCUCCAUCCCCAUCCUUUUCAUCUGCUCGCUUGUUGUCGAGAACUGGUCGUCCGAGAACGUUUCCAACAACUUCCCCACUGAGCAGCGCACCUCGCUCAUCGUCGCCAUGGUCUUCUCUGGCCUCUCCACCGUCUUCAUCUCGUACACUUCGGCCUGGUGUGUUCGUGUCACCUCCUCUACUACCUACUCCAUGGUCGGCGCUCUCAACAAGCUGCCCAUUGCCCUUUCUGGCCUCGUCUUCUUCGACGCGCCCGUCACCUUGGGCUCCGUCUCGGCCAUCUUCAUUGGUUUCCUUGCCGGUCUCGUCUACGCUGUUGCCAAGAUCCAGCAGGGCAAGAAGACUCCUUCGCUCCCCACCGCUAACAGCAACACUGAGCGUAAGGACUAAGCAUAUCUUAUCUAUUAUCACAUCUAAGUGAAUCUAUGGGAAGAGAAUCUAGCGUGUAUAUGUGUGAAUGUGUGUGUGUGUGUGUGAAUUUGCGUGAGUAAGCUAACGUGAAGUCACUCGUGAACAAGAAAGAGAAAGAGAGAAGAGAGAUAGAGACUUACGGGUCUGUGUAUUGAAAAGAGUCAAGUAUGCGAGUGAUUGUGUCAUGAAGCAUUAAUCUUUUUUUUUUCUUUUUUUUAAUAUAUACAUAUAUAUCUUGGUUAUCGCUUGGUAGACAUAGAUCUCUGCACUUGCUAAUAUACAAAUUGCUAACUAGAAUUUGAGCUCCUUCAUGAAAUGAUUUCUUCACGCUCAGUAGACGCUAGUCGUACAGUUAUUGUAAUUA